AUGUCUUCUCCCAAUGUCACCGAGCCACAUCCUUCUUCAUUCCUGUUGCUGGGGAUAACAGGGUUGGAAGUUGCACAGAUCUGGCUUGGCUUUCCCUUCUGCGUCGUGUAUCUGAUUGCUCUCAUUGGGAAUAUUAUUAUUCUGCUUGUUAUCUGGACAGAUAGUAGCCUUCACCAACCCAUGUUCUACUUUCUGGCUAUGCUGUCAGUGAUUGACCCGAGUCUUUCUACUGCUACCAUCCCCAAGAUGCUGGGUAUCUUCGGGUUCAACCUUCAGGAGCUGUGCUUUGGGUGCUGUAUUGCUCAAGUCUUUUUUAUCCACUUUUUUACUGUCAUGGAGAGCAUUGUACUUCUUGAUGGUUUUGAUCACUAUGUGGCUAUUUGCAAUCCCCUCGGGUACAGCAUGAUCCUCACCAAUAGAGUUAUUGGUGUGAUUGGUAUGGUGGUAGUUCUAAGAAGUGUAUGCAUGAUUGCCCCCAUCAUUUUUCUCCUCCUGCGACUGCCUUACUGUGGACACAGAAUCAUUCCUCAUACCUAUUGUGAGCACAUGGGAGUGGCGCAUCUGGCUUGUGCCAGCCUUAGUGCUAAUGUCUACUAUGGUCUUGGGAAUAUUUCCAUAUUGUUUCUGGAUGUGAUUCUUAUCAUUAUCUCCUAUGCUAGGAUAUUGAAUACUGUCUUUCAUCUCCCUUCCCAAGAUGCCUGCCUAAAGGCUAUAAAUACCUGUAGUUCUCAUAUCUGUAUUAUCUUAACCUUCUUUGGUCCAGCUCUCUUCUCCUUCCUCACUCAUCAUUUUGGUCAUAGCAUCCCCCAGUAUAUCCAUAUCCUUCUGGCUAAUCUCUAUGUAGUUGUCCCCCCUGCCCUCAACCCAGUCAUUUAUGGAAUCAGGACCAUGCAAAUCCAGGAGCAUAUACAGAGCAUGUGUGUUUGUGUAUGUCUCAAUGUAUACUUGCAAUGA